AUGGACGUUCAGACGCCAGUGAGGAAGAAGCGCAGCAACCAUUACUUGGCAGAGACCGCCGAGAAGGAUCCGCGACCUACAGCCACAAAGAUCGAUGAGGCCGAUGAUCAGAAGCGGAUGACCCAUGCGAAGGAUGGCGGGGAGCAGAAGGUCCAUCCACAAGAGAAGGACCCGAAGAGCGAAGAACUCCUGGAGCUCGAAAUCGAGGUGGUGGACGGGGAGGCUUUCUUCGCGUUCGACGGCAAGCUUUACAAGGUCCAGGACCCAAAAGCGCUGCAGGAAGUGAACCGAGCACCACCGGAGCAGGUCCAGACUCCUAAGCCCAAGCGAAGUCUGUCAGACUUCAGGAAAUGGUAUGCCAACAGACGUGGGGUCUUCUAA